AUGGAUUCCAGGAACCAGGCAAGAUACAGAAUGUGGGAGUGCAAAACACAAGGACCUGUUUUAAAGAAGGAAUGGCACACAUCUUCUGAGGCCAGGGGAAGAUUUCUUCUCAACACGUUUUCAGAAAACAUUUAUAUUAACAAGAACCUCAAAAAUAAAUUUGAUUCCUCCGACAUGGAAGCAGACUCUCCUCCAGCUCCUCAAAAGAAGACCAUGAGUCUAGACAGUUUUCACAGAUUCUCCAAGUUGCUCCUCACCUCAAUCAUAAUACUUUUACUGCUGUUGAAAAUCUUACUCUCCAUUGCUCUGAUCACUUUGUUUAAAAAUCAUCCUCAGCUUCUUGAUGAAAAUGCAAUCAUAAAAGAACUGAAUUACUCUGACUUGGAGUGUACAAAACAGCAUUCAUUCUUCAAAGACAAAGUCUGGAGCUGUUGUCCAAAGCAUUGGAAGCCAUUUAAUUACCACUGCUACUUCCCUACGAUUGACACUGCAUCUUGGAGAGUGAGUCAGGAGACGUGCUCCAGCAUGGGUGCUCAUCUGAUGGUGAUCCACAGCCAGGAAGAGCAGGAUUUCAUCAUCAAGAUCCUGGAUUCUCAAGCUGCUUAUUAUAUUGGGCUUUCAGAUCCAGGUCAUCGACAGUGGCGAUGGAUUGAUCAGACACCAUACAAUGAAAGUGCCACGUUCUGGCACCCGGAUGAGCCCAACAAUGACAAGGACAAUGAAGAAUGUGUUGUAGUAAAUCAUCGAUAUUCUGGUUGGGGCUGGAAUGACGUCUCUUGUAGUAGUAAAGAGAACUCAGUUUGUCAGAUGAAGAAAAUACAUUUAUGA